AUGCUUCUGGUGACAAGGUCAAGAAUGAGCCACUCACGAAUAAUUUGUACUUGGAGGAAUGGGACUGUUUUGCUUCGGCAUCAUUUAAAGGUUCACCCACGGUUUGUCACUGGUGUCGUUUGGCUGGACACGCAAGGUCUAAAUGUCCGGAGUUGGCGAAAACCAAAUGCUUCUCGUGUCGUGGUAGUGGACAUACCGCCAAGUUUUGCAAAAAGAAGAAUCUUGGUGUUACGAAACUGCCUGUUUUGGAUAAGAUCCCAACUAAUCUUCCCUCCCCCACCGUUGAGAGCUUCCACGUUUGAAGCAAGUGGCUCUGCAGCUUCUAAUUUUGCGACCACUGUUGCUAGUGUAUCCAUGGAGGUUGACAAUCACAUGAAUACUACCACUCCUGCUUCUUCGACGGCUGGUCCGAUGGUCGAAGUUACUAGUGGCGCUAUAAAAGUUCCUGGUGCCAAGCGCUCGGUUGUAGAAGGAAAAUCAUUUAAGAACUGUGUGGUACAAUGCAAUGGGUUUAGAUGCCGUCAGGGGUCUGUAAAUGGUAUAAAGGAUAAGAAGGUAAUCAACGAUGAUUUUAAGACGGCUAAUAAAGAGAUUCGAGUCGAGUGUGAAAAUAUGAACUUUGAGUUAAUUGUUAUAUGUAAGUAG